CGUAAAACACGACACGAACAACAGUGCAAACGAAAAAGAAUUUUCUUUUAAAACGGUCAAAAAGUUGAAAAAUUAAAUAAAACUUAUUUUUUUUUUUAAAUAAAAACAAUUGAUAACGAGAAAAAACGAUUUAAUAAUGUGAAUCUUAAUUGAAAAAAACUAUUAAACGAAAAUAGAAAAUUUGGUGAAAAAAAAAUCCUGAAGAAAAAUACAGAAAAUAUUAGAGAGAGAGCGAGAACAAAAACCUAGCAUACUUAAAGGCAUAAUAUCGAUUUCAUCUUGAAGUGAAGUUUUUUAUAUAUCGAUACGAAAGAAAAAAAAAAAAACACAAAUAGAAAAAAUUUGCACGUAUUGUAGUGUUUGGCAAAGAACUUCUUUACUACGACGCAUUUUUGAAAAAAAUUAUCUAUUUCUAGUUUGUGCAAAAAACAAAAACAUUUAAAAAGUAUAAAACCGUUUUUAUUUUGCUAAUAAACAAAAUGGGCGAAGAAUACAGCCCAGAUAUCAGCGCUAUGUCAACAAUACUUCCAGCUAUUUUGGGUCUCAUAUCAGCAGGUGCCCUCUGGGCAGUUGCUUGUAUAUGUGCCCGUCAGAUGCGCGCUCGCAAUCGUAAACAAAAUCAACAUGAUUCAACAUUUCCCUUUCAACCAACACGUCGUCCGACAGCUGUUCGUUCGCCUAGUGGUCAACCACCCCACUACUUGAAGAAAUCACCCUCACCAACUGGCACCAAACAAUUGGGUAUAUUGCAGCCAAUGCAGGAACAAACCGCCACAUCACCCAUUUCACCGCAAACGGUAAAAUAUAUGGAAGAGGAUGAAACCAAAUCGUCGAAGCUUAACAAAUAUAAUGGCACCGAAAAACUUUCACCCAUGGAAGCUAAGUUAAGUCCUACUGGUAGUGGUGGCAGUAAUGGUAUGUCCGCUAACGGCGCCAAAGGUGGCAAUAGCAAUCAGGUGUCAGUGAUGCAAGAAUCUGUAGUAAGCAACAUGAGUGUAAGUGAAAUGAAUAUGGAGCAAUAUGGCAAAUUGGGUUCGAUAUUCUUUAAAUUGCGUUAUUUGGGUGAGCGUAAUGCUUUGAUGGUCUCCAUAAUACGUUGUCGUGGUUUACCCUGCAAGAGUGGUAGUGGCAAUAAUGGAGGUAAUUCUGCUAAUGGCAACAAAUCUAAUGAUAUACCAGCUGGUAUGAAUGGUCGUACUCAAUCGGCAACUGAUCCCUAUGUCAAGUUGCAAUUAUUGCCCGAUAAACAGCACAAAGUUAAGACCCGUGUUGUACGCAAUACCCGUAAUCCAGUCUACGAUGAGGACUUCACUUUCUAUGGCUUAAACAUUAAUGAUCUACAGAAUAUGUCUUUGCAUUUCGUCAUAUUGAGCUUUGAUCGUUAUUCACGUGACGAUGUUAUUGGUGAGGUGGUGUGUCCUCUUUCCUCCAUUGAAAUUGGCGAUAUUUCGAAAGAAGCCUUGUCGAUUAGCAAGGAAAUUCAACCACGCAGUUUGAAGAUACGUGCCCAAGGACGUGGUGAAUUAUUGAUUUCAUUGUGUUGGCAACCAGCUGCCGGACGUUUGACCGUUGUAUUAUUGAAGGCUCGCAAUUUGCCACGUAUGGAUGUGACCGGUCUGGCUGAUCCUUACGUUAAAAUCUAUUUAUUGUACAAUGGUCAGCGUAUUGCUAAGAAAAAGACUCACGUUAAGAAACGUACACUGAGUCCUGUUUUUAAUGAAAGUUUUGCUUUCGAUAUACCAGCAGCUGAGGGCUCCGGAGCUACCUUGGAUGGUGUGUCACUUGAAUUAAUGUUACUCGACUGGGAUCGUGUUACCAAAAAUGAGGUAAUCGGACGACUUGAAUUGGGAGGACCAAAUUCAAAUGGCACAGCUCUUAAUCAUUGGAAUGAAGUGUGCAAUUCACCAAGAAGACAAAUUGCUGAAUGGCAUAAAUUAAAUGAGUAAAUUAAGCUGAACGAAAUGGAUAAGCUGAAAACCAAUAGAUAGAGCUAAAAGAGAGGGAUACAGAAAUAAAGAACAGGAUUUCAAAUCGAAACAAAGAAAUAUUAGAGAAAAUAUAUAACG